CAAUCAAUCAGUCAUUCAAGGAUAUUUACAAUAUUGACUACUAUUUCAUUCAUUUCAGGUGUCCCCCCUGUGUGUGGGACAGUGGUAUGUUCCAGGGUUGUGUCCACUGCAGUGUACCAGUCUACCUGUAGACUCUAACUGUGAGAGGAGAGCAGAGGUGACUGGAGAUCAUGGCCGCCCCUCAGAGAGGAGAUCUGUCAGCGUCGGAGAGGAAGAUCCUGCAGCUGAUUGCUGCUGGUGAUGUACAGGAAACCGCCCAGCUGCUCGCUAGCAAAGAAGUACGAGUCAACUGUUUGGACGAGUAUGGCAUGACUCCCCUGAUGCAUGCAGCCUAUAAGGGCAAGGCCGACAUGUGCCAUCUGCUGCUGCAGCAUGGGGCUGAUGUCAACUGCAACCAGCAUGAACAUGGCUACACUGCUCUCAUGUUCGCUGGCCUGUCAGGUACACCUGUUGUUAACAAGCAAAUGACUGGGGGGGGCAUUGCUCAUCAUCUUAACCUGGACACUCUUGUUCCAGGCCAGCACGACUGUGUCACAGUAAUCAACAACUUCUUCUCACGGGCGAAGGUGGAGUACUACACCCAACCACAGGGGCUGGAGAAGGAGCCCCGGCUCCCCCCCCAGCUGGCAGGACCCCUGCACAAAAUCCUCAUGACCACCAACCUGAAUCCGGUCAAGAUAGUCCUGCUGGUGAAGGAGCACCCUGUGCUGGUGGACAUGACCGCCCUGGAGAAGUGUUACCAGGUGAUGGACAUGCUGUGUGAGCAGUGCGUGAAGCAGGAAGCCAUGAAUGAGGUCCUGGCCAUAAAGAUGCACUACAUCAGCUGUGUGCUGCAGAAAUGCCUGGUCUUCCUACACAAACAAGAUGACGAGCUGGACGCACUUGUUAAGAGCCUGCUGAGGGGGAGAGACAGUGAUGGUUUCCCACAGUACCAAGAGAAGUUCAUUCGAGACUGUAUCAGGAAAUUUCCUUAUUGUGAGGCCAUACUCCAUCAGCAGCUGGUGAGGAGCAUUUUACCAGUAGAGAUUGGCAAUGACCCAACAGCGUUCACAGUGUUGACCCAGGCCAUAACAGGUCAGAUGGCAAUUUUAGAUGCUGACUACUGUGCUACAUGUGGGGAGAAGGGAGCACAGAAGAGGUGUGCCGUUUGUAAAGCAUUGACUUACUGCAAUAUGACGUGCCAAAAACUCCACUGGUUCACCCAUAAAAAGAUGUGCAGGUCUCUGCAGGAGCAGGACACCAAGCUGGAGAAGGAUGCUCCGAGAUUUAAAGAACUGAAAGAUGAUGAGAGCGACCUGGUUAUGGAGACAGCCAACUUUCUGCAGCAGCUGUGUCUGCGGGCGGAGGAGCAGGUGGCUGCUGCCGGAGGCUGCCCUGCACAGCUCCUGGCUGGUCCUUCCACCUCUGCUCAGGGGCCGUCCUGCACCCAAGAUUGGGGCUCCUGAACGAUGCUGACUCAUCUCUUUGUGAAUUUUUUACAAACGUUAUGUAUGGAGAGGUAUGGAAACAAAAACCAUGUCAGCAGGGUACAUCUCCUUUAUAUAUUUACCACCACACCAUGUAGUUUAAGACAAUCAGUAACACAAAAGCAGCUGCUUCAGGUAACUUUACACACUGGAAGCUGCAAAACGUAGUAUUGCAGCACGUAGGUAUUGGAAAUCCUGUAAGUUGAUUUCAGCAAACACCCUGUUGGUCAGAUUUAGUAAAUAAGACAAGCAAUAAGUGAAGUCUGAGGUUGAUAAUUCCAGCCUUUUCUGGGUGAAACAGUUGCUCAGUAUUGUUGAAGGCAACAUUUGGACGCAUCUAAACUCCACCAUUUAAUCCAAAAAAUCUAUGAUUUGGCAUGUCAGAUGAUGAGGAGAGACCUCUUUCUAGCUCAUUAUGUUUUAAUGUGUAUGAUAGUAGGAUUAGUAGUUUCUUAGCAGUGUAUCUCGAGGUUUUACGAAUGAAUUAGCAUGUAGACCAGGGAAAAGUUGUUCAUAGGUCAUAACAAGUGACUACUAUAACUGGUUUGUUUGCAUUUCAACAGACACAGGAAGAGAAAAGUCCUCAAUUUUGCAGCCCAAUGGGGGUGUUAGAAAUUUGUAUUUAUUAUGUAGAACGAUUCUACCAUCAAUGACAUUUUUUUUGAAUUCUCACUUUCAACAACAUCGGUGCAUUUCAAAUAUGGUACUGUUAGGGUUAGGGCAGGAUUGUGGUUAUAGCAGAUAA